CCGGUUUUCAGAAUGGGGCUCUCGCCUUGGCGCCGCGGACAUGCGUCUCGAAGUGUGCAGCAGUUGCAAGGAUGGAGGGUGGCCCGUUGCUUUCGCCUUGGCGCCGAAGACAUUGGUCUCCCCCCUUGCGUGGCACCUUUGUUUGCCCCCCUUCCGGCCCGAAAGCGACGUUCCUGAUCUCGUACUACGCGUUCAUCAGCAUCCUUCGCUCGCCGGCGCUGCCGGACAAGAAGCAGGUCGCGCUCCGCACCAACUUCACCGCUGUGGCCAGGCAGAUCGGCAAGGAGAGGGUGCCCGAGCAGGUCUGGAAGGAGGCCCUGAAGAUCGUGCCCCAGAUUGGCAACGAGCCGGCGGCCGGCGCUCUGAAGGAGGUCUGAAGGAUUCGCGGCGCGGAGAGGGCCGCGAGGUCGGCGCAGGUUGGCGACCGCGGGGCAAUUUUUUGCACCCCUGGGCCGAAUUCUGCGACGCCCCUAAAAAACGCGACCCCCAGUGCUCAGAAUUUUCAGGGCAGCCCUCCAACUUUUCGAGGGCCGCGGAGCGGUGCGACGGUCCGAGCGGGAAGCCGCCCGCUUGCACCCGCCCCCGCCGCCGGCGC